CGUGAAUGAAGUAAAUUUCGAGGGAUGUGACCAGGCUAUAUAUACUCUACGAUUCUGUUACUUUUUACAAAAUGAAGCUUAAAGAGCUAGAAGGAUACUUACAGCAAGUUGAUGUUUUUGAAAAGCCAAAAGUGGAUCUGGAACAAUAUCCAACAACGCCGCAUAUAGCGGCUCACAUGUUAUACACGAUCGACUCCACAUUUGGUGACAUUGAAGGAAAACUUGUCGGUGAUUUGGGAUGUGGAUGCGGCGUUUUAAGUAUCGGUUCAUGUAUGCUUGGAAGUGCUAUGACAAUCGGAUUUGAUGUGGACGGCGAUGCUUUAGAAAUCGCUGCUAGAAACUGCGCAGAGUUUGAGAUUCAGACAUGUGAACUUAUACAAGGUGACGUGGAACAGAUUGCAUUGUGUGACAGAUGGAGAAAAACGUUUGACACGAUCAUUAUGAACCCUCCUUUUGGAACUAAGAACAAUAGAGGUAUUGACCUCAAAUUUCUACAGCAGGCCAUCAGUAUGUCUAAUACAGCUGUUUAUUCUCUGCACAAGACAGCCACAAGGGAACACAUCAAGAAAAAGGCUUGUGAAUGGGGAGUGAAAUUGGAAGUGUUGGCUGAACUUCGCUUUGACUUGGCGGCCAGUUACAAGUUUCACCGCAAAAAGACAGUUGAUAUUGAGGUAGACUUCAUAAGAAUAGACUGUUCAAACAGCUGACAGCUGAGGUGAAUGAAGAGUUCGGUUAUUUGAAUUAUCUGCAGUUGUAUGAGGAGCACUGUUUAGCGUUUAUCUAAGAUCUAAAAACAAUUGAAAGUCAGUUGAAAAGAAACGUGAUGUUGUUACCAAGGCUUACUUCGAAUGAGUCAAUUAAAAGAUGAACCUUAAGAUCGCUGCAUCAGAUGAAGACAAAGACUGGUUUGAUUUGGUCUGAAUAAUAGGCGAUCGGUGAUUUGAAGCGUCGCUUGUUAGCUGCUUUCAGAACAACUGUCUUGUGCAAAGUGCAAGUCACGUGCAAGUUACGCCCUCCUUAGUUUCGGGCGUAACUCGUCUUUCGUGCUUACAUUGUGCGCGCAUUCAUUUGGUUUCCAAAAUACCGUAAAACUAAAGAAAAUAUGACGCCUAAUCUGUAUGUUACGCGUGAGAGAGGAUUCACUCAUUAGAUAUUGUGCUUAUCGACUGAUGGCUGAAUAUUUAAAAAGGGUGAAGCUUGAAUUCAUUAUCACGCGAUCAAAAUUAGGGGAAAUUUUUUGAAUGCUUAAGUUAAAAUUGUCUGGGCACUCAAACUUCACAGCGAGACGGAUAGCGCCAGGCCACUGUUUUUCACUUCUCAAUUUCUGCUUUAUACAUGCGUUAUUGACUAAGCUUGAGGUCAAUAUGGCUCCAUAUUGGCUGAGUUCUUUUCCCGCGUUGUUAUGGACCGAGACGAAUUCGAUACCCAUGAAAACACAAAAAGUGAACGAGGCUAAUAUCCAGCCAUCUUGACUAAACAAGCUUGGUCUUGAAAUUAAGAGAUGUAUUAUAUAACAAAAAUAUUUCGCUUUUAUUGAGAAUCAGGAAUGACUUGUUUAUUUCGGGAACCGGAAAGAAAGCCGAC